AUGUCCAGGUCACAGACAAUGACGAUACCGCCUCCCGCGCGGGAACCUCAUCGCCAGGAUGGUUCAUCAGCUCCAGGGGAGACGUUCGAACUGAGCCUGAAAACACCGACAAAGUCGCUUCGAGAACUCACCCGACGGGUUGUCCAGGGCGGCAAAGCCGCCCAAGCUUCCUCAGACGAGGAAGAAGAAGAAGGAGACAGUGUCCGCAACGGAGUCCCUCCCCCACCGGUAACGGCCCAGCCUGUCAUCCAGCGCUGGAAUAUGCCUCGGGGAAAUAUUGGCCGGCUGGGAUUUGCCUUCUUCUCGUUUAUAGUGACGGGUCUCAACGAUGGGGCUGUGGGAGCACUUAUACCAUACCUCGAGACGUACUACAACCUGAACUACACGACUGUUUCCCUGAUCUUCCUCACCCCUUUCGCAGGCUACUCCCUCGCCGCGGUUACCAAUGCCACCAUCCACACGAAACUCGGCCAGAGGGGGAUUGCCGUGCUCGCCCCGUUGUGCCACAUCGUCACCUAUGCAGUACUAUCCGCUCAUCCUCCUUUCCCCGUAUUGGUCGUCAUCAACACCGUUUCGGGCUUCGGCAAUGGCCUCACGGACGCUUGUUUCUGCGCGUGGAUCGGAGCCAUGGACAAAGCCAAUGCCGUGCAGGGUGUGUUGCAUAGCUGCUACAGCCUCGGGGCCUUGUUUGCCCCGCUGAUUGCCACGUCCAUGAUUGUCCAUGCGAAGCUGCCCUGGUAUACCUUCUACUACUUCAUGACUGGCGCUUCAGCCCUGGAAUUUGUCGGGCUCAGCAUGAUGUUCUGGCACAAGACGGGUCGAGUGUAUCGGAUCGAGCACCUACGGGACGACACCGGGGCCCAAGGCGGCCGCAUGAAAGAAGCACUCAAAUCAAAAAUCACCUGGAUCUGCUCUGCAUUCUUCUUCACGUACAUGGGCAUUGAAGUCGGUCUCGGAGGCUGGAUCGUGACAUUCAUGCUGCGCGUCCGCUCCGCCUCGCCCUCCGCCUCGGGCUACUCCGGCACGGGGUUCUGGGCCGGCCAGGCGCUCGGCCGCGCGGCGCUCGGUUUCGUGACGGAGCGCUUCGGCGAACGGCUCUGCAUCACCAUCUACCUCGUGCUGUGUCUCGCACUGCAACUGAUCUUCUGGCUGGUCCCCAAAUUCCUCGUCUCCGCCAUCUCCGUCGCGUUCCUGGGCGUCUUUCUGGGCCCCUUGUUCCCCGGCUGCGUCAUGAUGGCCGCGAAGCUGCUGCCAAAACAUAUCCACGUCAGCAGCAUUGGGUUUGCCAUGGCGUUGGGGGGAACCGGUGGGACGGUUUUCCCCUUUGCCAUCGGCGCCAUUGCGGCGAGGAGAGGCGUCACCGUGCUGCAGCCCAUUAUUCUGGCCUUGAUUGUCGUGCUUUUGGGUCUGUGGUUGAGCUUUCCGAGGGUGAAGAAAAGGGAGUAA